CGAUAACUAAUUAAGAAAAUAAAGCUUUGUUUGCAUGGCGACUUCUCUCUCUAACACCUCUAGUUUCUUUUCUUCGACCAUCCACAGUCCCACCAUUGCCGCCACCUCCACCAACCGUACGUUCUCUUACUUCAAACCAUCAAAAACCCUACCCCGAAAAUCAGUCUCAAUGAUCACAUGCACCCUUAACAAUGCCUACAUUCCUCACCAUAUCCAAGACCCUAACCGCAUUCGCAUUUUGGACACUACUCUCCGCGACGGUGAACAAGCACCCGGAGCCUCGAUGACCCAGAAGCAAAAACUCGCCAUUGCACAUCAACUCGCAAGGCUAGGAGUCGACAUAAUCGAAGCAGGGUUUCCGGCUUCCAACAAAGCCGAUCUAGAAACGGUUAAGUUGAUAGCACAAGAGGUCGGUAACUCAGCCGCUGGUCAUAUCCCCGUCAUUAUGGGCCUUGCGAGGUGCAACAAGAACGAUAUUGAUAAAGCAUGGGAGGCUGUUAAGUAUGCAAAAUACCCGCGGAUUCAAACAUUUAUAGCCACCAGUGAGAUUCAUAUGAACCAUAAGUUAAAGAUGUCUAAGGAACAAGUUAUUGAAAAGGCUAGGACCAUGGUGGCAUAUGCUAGGAGUUUGGGUUGUAAUGAUGUUCAGUUUGGCGCGGAAGAUGCUGGAAGAUCGGAAAGAGAAUUUUUAUAUGAGGUCCUAGGUGAGGCGAUAAAAGCAGGGGCAACGACUCUUUGCAUUCCUGAUACCGUUGGUUAUAACUGGCCUCGCGAGUUUGGGCAGCUCAUUGCUGACAUAAAAUCCAACAGCCAUGGUGCUACAAAUGUCGUCAUUUCUACCCAUUGCCAUAAUGAUCUUGGACUUGCUGUUGCAAAUACUUUGGAGGGGGCUUAUUCGGGUGCAAGACAAUUAGAAGUAACGAUAAAUGGAAUAGGAGAAAGAGCUGGUAAUGCUUCUUUGGAAGAGGUGGUAAUGACUCUAAAAUGCAAAGGGGAGUUACUAGGUGGUCUUUACACCGGUGUAGAUACAAAACACAUUGCCAUGACUAGCAAGAUGGUGGAAGACUAUACUGGAAUGAGGGUUCAACCACACAAGCCCAUUGUUGGUGCUAAUGCAUUUUCUCAUGAAAGUGGAAUCCAUCAGGAUGGGGUCCUAAAGAACAAGAGUACAUAUGAAAUUAUGUCUCCUGAAGAUAUUGGAAUUCAUAGAUUUAAUGAAGCCGGACUUACACUUGGAAAACUUAGUGGACGCCAUGCUUUGAAAGCCAAACUUUUUGAGCUUGGUUACAACUUUGAUGAAAAUGAACUUAACCAAUUGUUUUUGCGCUUUAAAUCUCUAGCUGAGAUGAAAAAGAUUAUCACCGAUGAAGAUCUAAUAACAUUGGUAUCACACAAAGUUUCCGAGGCACAAGUAGAGUAUUAUCAAGCAUAGAAUUAAGAUGUAUUGCUUAAUAAUCGUGUCAAAAAUUUCAUUUUGUAUUUUUUUACACAAUAACCUUCACCACCCCUUAGGGGUUAUUUUAGUAUUAUCCUAGUUGUCAUUUUGUAUACCAUUUGUGAGUGAAAAUUGUUUAAUAUGUUAAAAAUAAUUAUACUUGUGUUGCGUCCAGAAGAAAGCAAAUUUGUUGUAUACAAAUAA